CGUGAGAGGAAAAAGGGGGAGAUGGAAGGAUGACGACUAGAGAGUGUAAAAGAGGGAGAGAGGAAGGAAGAGAGAAGACUUUGAGGUACAGUGAAAGCAAAGAGAGACAACUAGAGACCAUGAAUGCAACACGGAGGUUAAAUGACUGUUAGUGUUAGUGUGUCGUCUGUUGGAUAGCAUGUGCACCGGGAGGUUUGAUGUAUAAACGUGCAUGUGAAGCAAGCUUUUUUACUCUCUCCUUUAUUUUCUUCUUGUUUGCAGCUCUGUUCAUUUGUGACGGCAGCCCUGCGGAGACAAAAGGUGGAUUUAUGUCUUACAUGCCAUCCCUCUCAUUUCAUCUUAAAUGGUAAAGGCUAUGACAAACAACUGAAAGAACUUUUGGAUGCAGAGAUCCUGCCCAUGGCGAAAGAGUUCGACAAAAAGCUGAAUGAUGAAACCGUCUAUGAGAAAAGGUUGCAGACAGCCGCAGACAAUUUCAUCGCAGCUGCCUCCAAACUGCCUAGAGAAACAUAUCGUGGAAUUCCUUUCAUGCACCCAUCAGGUUUUCAGAGUGCAGGUGCAGUAUACAACUGUAUUACCUGCCAGUAUGAUUCCUGUGAAUUUCCGCUCGACUGUCCAGUUAAAGAAAUUAAAGCAAUGGAGAACAGCAGGAGCCAAAUGUGGUGUGAAGUGCCAUUUCACUUACCAGACGAUAUGGAGGUGAUCUGGAGGUUUGCAGAAGAGGUGGAAACCCAGCAGGUGGAUCAGUUUAAAGAAGUGACUGCGGGGGUGGACAGGCUCUAUUCCAUCCCUUCAACUAGCUUGCAUCAUCAGGGCACCUACCAGUGUGAGAUCUACUCAGGCCAACGCUCCAUUGUCAGGCUAUACUACUAUCUCACAGUGACCCCCCAGGUUGUGGCAGGCCACACAGAGCUGCAGGAGAUAUUCGACCUGUCUCUGCUCCCAGGAGGGCGGUUACUCCCUGCGUCUGGUGGGCCCCCCUACCCCCACCUCCUCCUCCCCUCGCCACUGCUUCUCACCGCCUGUUUAACUGCUUUGCUUCUGCUGCUGUUCCUAUCCCUGGGAGCUUUUUAUUGGUCAUCAAAACCAGAGAAAACAAGUCAAGCUGAACAAGAAGAUGGAGAUGUAGAUCUGGGAUUUUUGAAAGGUGGGAAGAUACAUGUCGUGCAAUAAAGGCAUUUCAUCAA